AUGGGAAGUGGAGCUACAAAAGAAAAAAAUAAUGAAGUAAAUUAGAUUGAACAUCAUUAAUCAUCAUUAACUUGUAAUUUUUAUUUUUUAUAAUCCUAGCUAUUGGGAAAGCUGAGGGUUCUCCAAAUAUUUUUACCUUUAAAAAUAACUCUUAAUUAAGCAAAUGUACGUUAAACCUUAUAAACUAGCCUUUGGUCUUUUAAAGAAAUAAUAAUAUCAAGAAGCAAUUGAAACUUUAGAUAAAUUAAUAGAGUAACAUCCAAAUUUAGCUGAUGCAUUGUACUUUAAAGGUAUUUGAUUAGAUUAUACUUUAAUUUAGGUUUGGCUUAUCUUGGACUAAAUAACUUAGAAUAAGCCCUUUAUUAUUGCAAAGCUGCUGCUGAAAUUGACACAUAGCACUCUCAUGCGCUUUCAGAAAUGGGUAAGACUAAUAAAAUAUAAUUAAAUUAGGAAAUAUUUAUACAUUAGAGAAAAAAUAUGAAGAAGCAUUGGCUAUAUUUCAUAAAUUACUUGAAAUGAAUGAAAAAUCUUUUGAAGCUAAUUUUGGAAUAGGUUUUAUAAAUUUGAUGUAAAAUAAUUUUGAAAUUGCUGAUUCAUACAUCUAAAAUGCUUUGAAAAUUAAAAAAAAGGAUAAAGCAGCUCUUCUAAACUAUGGUAAUUUUUUAAUGUAAUUUUAGGUCAUUUACUUGUAAGAUAACAAAAAUUUGACUAAGGUCUAGAGUAUUAUUAGUAAGCAUUUCAUGUAGAUCCAAAAUAUCCUGAGGCAAUUAAUGCUAUCACUAAUUUAUAUUUACAUUAAAAGAAAUAUGAUUAACUAUUUGAAUUUUUGGAUAACAUAGAAGAUUAGUAAAUUCCAAGAUUAAAAUCAGUAGUCUUAAAUUGUAAAAGUAAUUUAUAACUUUAUUUAAUAAAAGGCUAAGCUUUUUAUGGGUUAAAAUAAUUUGAUAAAUCAAUGAAAUUAUGUCAAGAAAUAUUAGAAUAUGAUCCAAAUAAUGUGGAUUCCCUUUAUGGGAUUGGUAUGUGUCAUUAUAAUUUAAAUUAAUUGCAUAAAGCAAUGACAUAUUUCAAUUAGAUUAUUCAUGAAAAACCUUUUGAUAUAAAAACAUUAAAAAUAAUGGCAAAGAUUAGUUAAACUUUAAAACUCUACUAUUAAUUGAGUGAUUGUUGUGAUAAAAUUAUUUAAUAAGGAUUUGGAGAUUAAUAAACCCAUUUUUAAAGAGGAUUGGCUUUGAUGAAUUAAAAAUAGUAUUCAUAGGCAAUUGAAGACUUUAAUAAAAGUUUAAGUAUUGACUAAUAGAACAUAAAAGCUCUUAAAAAUAAAGGUAAUGAGAAUUAGAUUUAAGCAUAGCCCUUUGUUUAACUCAAAUAAAAGACUUUGAUCAAGCAGUUUUAUGUUAUGAUAUGAUUUUAAAAUAGUUGAAGGAUAAUUCUGAAAAAUCAGAUAUAUUUUAUUAGAAAGGUAUUUAUUUAAUAAAUACAAAAGGGUAUUGUCAUUUGAUUGGAUAAUAGUUCUUUUCUGCUAAAACAAAUUUUGAUUCUGCUUUAUAAUUAAUGCCAAAGAAUGAAGAAUUAAUGCUAAAAAUUGGAAAUGCAUAUAGAGAUAAUAAUAAUAUUUAGCCAGCCACAAAUAUGUAUGAUAGAUUAAUUAAAAUGAAACCAAAUAAUCCAAGAUUUUAUAUAGAAAAGGCCCAAUUAUUAGAAUAGUAAGGAAAUUAUAAGGAAGCAAAAUAAUUAUAUGAUCAAGCAAUAGUAUUGGAGAGCGAUAAUGCUAAGUUUUAUAUAUAAAGAGGUAGAUAUUUAAUUUUAUUAUAAUAGCAAAAAUCAGAACAUAAAUAUAAGAAUUUGAUGAGGCAAUUUAAGAUUUAUAAUAGGCAAUAAAAAUCAAUGAUUAAGAUCCUGAGUUAUUUUUUGAACUAGGAUAAUUGUUUUACAUAAAAUAAAAUAUCGAGCAAUCUGUUGUUUUAUUUUCUAAAGCGAUUAAUUUAAAUGAAAAUGUUGAGAAAUAUCAUUUAAAAUAUGCAUAAGUAUUAUAGAUGUAAGAGUUUGAUAAAGAAGCAAUUGAGCAUUUAAAAAAUAUUAUUGCUAAGAAUCCUGGUUUUGAUAAUUGUAAGAAUCUUCUAGAUAAUUUAAAUGUAAGUCCUUAUUCUUUAAGAGAAUAUACACAUGUUUUUGUUUAUAUAAUGAUUUGCAUAUUUUGUGAAGGAAUGGUUGAUGAGAAUCGUUAGAUUGAGUAAGUAAAAUAAGAAUCACUGAGAUAUUUAUAAGAAAAAUUGAAGAAUGGAUUUCCUAAUAUAUUAAAUUUAUUUGAGACAAUAAAAAGUUUGAUGAUAAAAAAAUAUGAAUAUAAUCUAAUAAAUAAUUCAAAAGAGAUGAGAAGAAUAUUAAUGACAUUAUAUAAAAACAAAUUUGAUGAAUAAAAUUAGUUAGUAGAGGAUAUAGUUGAAACAGCUAAAAAAAUAGCUAGAUUAAAAGAAAACGUUUUAAAAAGUGAAGAUUGCAAUCUAGAUAAUUAAUUAUAGGAAACAUUUUUAGAAUUAUGUUAAGAUUAUAAUAUGAGUCAAUUUUAAAGUAAAGCUUCAGGAUUAGCAUUAUAAGAUUGUGUUGGAUUAAUAACAGGAAUGUUGUUAAGUUAUAAUAAGAUACUAUAGAAUAAAUAACCAUUAAAGAAUUAGAUUUAUGAAAUGAUUAAGAAUGGAAGUUUGAAUAAAUUGAAAUAAAAAUGA